AUGUCUGUCCUAGAACAGACGGCAAGCACGACGCAGGCAAGCGCAGCGCGUACUGAGGGAUUCCAAUCACUAUCGUCCUUCUUUGCUGGUGUUGUGAUCAACCUCUUGCUCGAUGGCGUAAAUGCCCAUCAGCUAGCGACCUACUGCAGCAACUUCAAUGAUCCCUCAACGAUCCGAUGCCUCGUCUGGACAGUCGCAGUCUUCUCGCUGCUCGACACCGUCUGCGAGAUCAAAGUGCUUGACAUGUGGCUCAUCUCUGCACGUGACGACAUCACCCAGCUCGACUACUAUGGCCUUCCUUAUGCGCUGCAUCCGAUCUUCCUCGCUAGCUUGAGUCUGCCUGUGCAGGUCUUCUACGGCUGGCGCGUCUGGGUCUUGUCUCGUCACUCAAUUCUGCUUCCGGGUAUCAUCAUCAUUGGUGCGCUGGUCAGCAAUGGCUCCGCGAUGGCUGCCUCUGUACGCAUCUGGAAAGCCGAGCGAUUUUCUCGCGAUCACACUUCCCAUGUCCACACUGGCUUGAUGCUUCUGCUUCCGGCUGCCAUCGAUAUCAUUACCUUCCUCGCAAUGCUGUACUACAUUGGCCGCGUCACUCUGCAAAACCGCACCAUCGGAUCUCAGAACAUCUUUAGACGACUCGCUCGAAUCGCAAUAGAGACCAAUCUCGUCACCUCGGGCAUCGCGUUGGUCUGCAGUAUCACCAUCACGUUUGGCAAACGACAUCAAUAUGCACCUUUUCCCUUUUUCGUUGCCAACGCUUACCUCGGCACGCUGCUUUACUCACUGACAUCAAGACUACAAACAACGGCGGAACUCGAGGAGAUUGGGGCAGAGACUUCGACUUCGCAGGACACGGCUACUGCGCUGCCUUCGCCGGUCCAUAUUCAUCCUGCAGGGCAAGCCGUGGAGCCUAGGACUAGCUAUGGCAAUCGCGGCAGAACUGCUGAAAAUCCAUCCUUUACCGACAAGAACAGAUAUGACCGAGAUCCUACUAAUCGCUGCCAUUCUGCUCGCAAGCCCAAGGCUCAAAUCCCGCCAGAGACUUACCUCUCGUUGCUCGAUACGGAUGGGAUGAUCAAUUACACCAAGCCGACGUACAAGGACAUCCUCAAAGUCGACGAACAUGGCAUCGAUUACCAUUUUCACAAGUUUCGCAAAAGAAAGGACGUCAAAUCCUGGCGUGCUCAUAAUGCUGCAAUGGGACGUAUGGCAGCCUAUUGCCUUCUCGUCUCUUUUGCUUCGAUCGGCAACGGCUACUCCUGCUCCAUCAUGGUCGGCAUUCGCGAAAUGGCUCAAUAUCAACACAUGCUUCAAACAACAGACGGGAGGACACAAUUCACUGGCUUUGAUUCGCUGGCACUGCGCGAUCGUGAAUUCUACCUGUUUGGCUCGAUGCUCGGCGCUGUUAUGGCUGCCUUCAUCGCAGAUAUCUUUGGUCGCCGCAAGACACUGCUCUGGGGGUGUAUCAUCGUUUACACUGGCGCGGUACUUUCGGCGGUUUCUACGUGGCACUGGCUGCUUUUUGCAGGUCGCUUCAUUGUCGGCAUUGGCUCAGCAAUGAGCUGUGUCGCCGCUCCGAUCUACAUUGCCGAGAUUAUCUCACCAAAGCUGCGGGGUCUCAUGCUUGGUAUCUACGGCGCUGCAUGGUAUAUUGGCUGGUGCCUAUCAGCGGUCACGAUUUUGGGCUUCAAUAAGAUCUAUCCUGCUGGCACGGACGUCGCCGAUUCCGCCUGGCAGUUUCCGCUGGCUUUGCAAGUCGUGCCGAGCGCUAUCUUAUUCACGUACUCGCUGUCCAUUCCGGAAUCGCCUAGAUGGCUCUGGACGCAGGGCAUGCCACAAAAAUCGGCUCUCUAUUUCAAGCAUCAUCACCGGUAUGAUCCAGCUGGUGAUCUCGCCCAACGACAGAUCACUCGUCUUGUAGGCAUGAGCAACAAGCAGCAGUUGAUGGAAGUCUGGUGGCGUCAAAGACCAACAUGGACUGCACUGUAUCGCGCUUCGCUCGUGCUCGUUCUAUCGUCUAGCGGGCACAUUCAGUCGAGCGCGCUCAACCCGAAAUAUGUCGAGUGGAUCAGGCUCUCCGCUUAUAAGAGUCCCAACAUGGGGCUCUAUCUCAACUUUGCAAACGCGCUCGCAAUGAUGGGCGGCGCAAUCGGUGUCGCAAUCCUCGUCGAAAGAACUGGCCGGCGGUAUCUGUUGGUCGGUGCGAGUCUUCUGACGGCUCUGCUUCUUAUGGUCACUUUUGCAGUUGGUCUGGACAUAGAGGCGACCCUCAAUCGUGGUGAAGUCGUCUCGCGCUUCCUCGCACAUACCGGUAUCGGCAUGGGAUUCUCUUUUGGGGCAAUCUUCGCAUCCUAUACGGUCGGUAUGCAGCAGAUCUACGUCUGCGAGGUCGCGACGAAUCGCCAUCGCGCCUGGGCGGUCGCAAGCAGCCUGAUCAUCAACCUCCUCGUCGAUCUCAUUUCGUUGUCAAGCACCAAAAGCCUUGGCAUCUGGGUUUUCAUUCCCUACAUGGCACUUCUCCUCUUCAGCGCGGCUUUUUACUGGCUCUUCGCUGUCGAGACGGGCUUCGGCAAGACGCUGGAAGAACUUGAUGACGCGCAUUUUACACUCUCGCCAAAAGUGAAGCGUGCCUUUGCUACCUUGGGGGCAGACAAUGCCGUCAGAGCUCAAGCAGAGCAGAGGCUCACCGGCCUUGCGAGCUCUGGCAUGGGAGAGCUUCCUCUGGCACUCAUUCGGCUGCUCCUCGAGCAUCAGCUGGAAAUUCCGCUUCGUCAAGCAUCUGGUCUGCUCCUCAACAAAUACGUCAAGGAGCACUGGUCCAUCUUUUUUGCCUCUUUCCUCGGUUCGCCGCCCCCUCAUGAUGCCAAAGAUCAGAUACGGCAAGCGUUGCUUGCAGGCCUAUCCGACUCCCAACGAAAGAUCAGGACGACAUGCGCACUCGUGAUCGCUCUGCUUGGCCAAUGCGACUGGCCAGACGAAUGGCCAGAGCUCAUGAAUCAACUACUCAAGCUCUUGGCGACGGGGCAAUCGGACAGCGUUCAUGGGGCACUGCGCGUGCUAGCAGACUUUGUCAAAGGCGAUUUGACUGAGGAUCAGCUACUGCCCGUCGCCAAUGACAUGUUGCCUACACUACUGAAGAUCCUCUGCUCUGCUCCAGCCUACUCAGCGUUGACACGCUCGCGGACGAUCGCCAUCUUUCGAGAGUGUCUAUCUGCGCUCUACAUGGUCAAAGACACGUAUCCGGACGCAGUCGAGAAAUCACUCAACGUCAUCAUGCCCCAGUGGCUUUCUGCAUUCGUUCGUCUUCUCGAGGAGACACCUCUUAUGGCCUAUCUACACACUGCCGACGAGAAGAGCUGGGAAGAGCUAGCGGUUCGCUCAGAGAUCUUCAAAGGACUCCUCAGGACCUUCUCCUAUUUCCCAAAGGCUGCUUCUCCAUACUUGCCCCGCCUACUCGAGCUAGCAACGCGCGACUUGAGUGCCGUCAUGGGUUUGUAUCGCUCGAUAUAUCUCAACGAUGAACUCGACGAUUCGCGGCUGGAGCCCGUCAUCGGCGCAGAUGAAGGCAGCGAUGUCACAGUGACGCUAUCAGAUUAUAUCAAUCGGGGUCUCGAAUUCAUUGGAGCGGCUCUCAUGAAGAAGCCUGCUCACAAACUCUUCUUCAAUGAGCGGACGCGUACAGCAACGCCUUUGCUCAGCCAGGCUUAUCAGCUUGCGAUGUUCUAUGCCCAGAUUACUACAGACGACGAGGAAGCUUGGCAGACCGAUCCGAACAGCUUUGCCGCCGAGGAGGAAGAAGAGAACCCGGGCUACAGUCUUCGAGUAGCCAGUCAAGACCUUCUCGCCUCGCUCCUCGAUUUCCAUCAGAAGCAAAACUCAGGGAGUGCCUUCACUGCCGUGCUCAAAGCUCGUCUCAAUGAGGGCGAGCAAAUGCGACGAGCUGAUCAGGCAGACUGGUGGAAGCCGCUUGAGGCCGUACUCUAUACGUUGCAAUCUAUACCCGACGACUCAGAUACCCCGCCAUAUGCUCACGAAGAUCAAGCGCUUCUUCGAAGCAUGGUCUCGAACUACUACAAUGCGACCAGUCAGCCUCUGCUGCAAGGCCGUGUCAUGGUCUUCGCUAGCAGACAAUGUUCCAUCUUGCCAAGCGAUCAGCUUGACAUGUACAUUGACGGCGCGAUCCAAGUAUUAGAGACCACGUCGCUGAGCAACGAGGUCAAAAUCUCAGCUCUCGUAGCUUUGAAAGGGUUUUGCCGCUCCGCUCCCCAGCUGGUCAAAGCUCGCAUGCUGCGUAUUCUGCACAACCUUGCAACUUUCCUACCUUCGGCCUCGGACAACACUUUGACGUUACUGCUCGAUCUAAUGUCACUUGUCAUUGGCCUUGGCGAAGGCAUGCUGAACGCCGAAGCCGCGUCCGUCAUCGUCGCAAUCGCGCUAGACACCUGGCAGAAGCAGUUCACAGAUCCUUUCGUGGCUGAUGCUGUUGGCGAUCUACUCGAGAAGCUCGCGUCAGAUCCUUCAGAAGAAGUACAUGCAGUACUCGUGCGCGACGCGGCACCCCGUAUUACUGCAGCACUCGCGCUAGCCGACUCGACAGACCAAGACCAAGCUGUGCUUGCCACCUCGGCUGCUAGCCUGCUCGAGAAUGUACUAUCGGGACAGAGAAGCUCUCUCAGCCUUGGCAUGUAUGCAGCUAUCGCUCCUACAUUGCUCGACAUUGGCGCAAAGACAUCUGACGUGAACAUCGUCCAGACCGUCAUUGCCUCGCUCAUCCACGUCGUCCGCAAGGCGUGUCCCGAACUCGUAGCAUACCGCAAUCCGAGCGGCGCAUCCGGCAUGCAGCUCUUGCUUUCGAUCAUUGCUCGUCAAUUACAGCCAGAGCAGAGCGAGUCUUCCGGUCUGUUCGUCGGCGAUCUGCUACUGCAUGUCAUGCGCAAAGCCGGCCAGGAGCUAUCGGAUAUUCUGCCAGACCUGCUACGCGCGCUCGUCACUAGACUUGCGCUGGCAGAGACGGGUACCUUUUCGCAAAGCCUCAUUGUGCCGAUCGCCUACGUUUUGCAUGCCAACGCCGAUCAAACCAUCGAGCUCUUACGUUAUGUGUCUCUUCCUUCGGGUCAGAAUGGCCUCGAGAUCUUUCUGAGGGCAUGGGCGGAUAAUGCAGAGACCUUUCAAGGCUACUGGCAGAUCCGCAUCAGCUCCUGUGCACUAGCGAUACUGCUCCUCAGCGACAACGUCAUCCUGGAUACACUACUUGUCAAGGGCGAGCGUAUACUCGAUGCCAAUAGUGCUACAACCAUCAUGACUCGAGCAAGGAAGCGCCAACUUCCAGACCAUUUCCAGCAAAUCCCUUUCCGUGCAAAAGCUCUCAAGAUCUUGCUGAGCGAUCUGCAAGGCGCGGGUGACUCUAGCGUCGCUGCUGCCCUACAAGCCGAUGCCGAGUCGGACGACGGCGAUGAUGGCGAGGGCUGGGAGGAUGAGACGGACGCUUUCAGUACCAAGAACAAAGACGCGCUAGACCUAUCUGCGAUGCUUGGCCAUGAUGGUCAAUGGAGAGAUGACGAUGAUCUCGUCGAAGAGGACGAGGCUGACGAGGAUAUCAAGAAUGAUGCGCUCUAUAGCGUGAACCUCUCCGAGCAUGUCGUGCGAACGCUUCGCCAAGCAUACGAGCAGUAUCGAGCUCUCGUCACCGAGUAUGGUCAGCACUGUCUCACGACAGAUGAGCAGCGUGUCUUGCAACAAGUAUUGCAAUGA